AUUGCAGGUUUGGUUGUGAUAACAUUAAAGAUCUAUCAUAUACGGUUGUAAUACGGUUUAAGGACGCUACAAAUCAUGGGAGGGAACGCAAGCCGAGCUUUACAUGUGGCAGUCACCGAAGGUAAACUCGACGAUGUCAAGCGCUUAUGUCGGGACACCAGUACGGACGUCAAUCGCGAAUCGGCGACCUUCGAUGGUCGCACCCCCUUGAUGCUGGCACUGGAUGGGCAGGUCGAUCUGGCCAUCUUCGGCGAACUGCUCCAGUGCCCGCGACUGGAUAUCAACAAAGCCAAUGGGUCGAAGAAUACGCCCCUAAUGCUGGCCGUACGUAUCGCCGAGCUGCCCACCGCCAAAACCGUCGUUCUGCGAAAAAUCGAGAUGCUGGCGUCGGACUCGCGGUGUCAGUUGGGUUUGGAAAAUAAUAAAAAACUGACGGCCCUGGAGAUCGCGGUUAAACAGGAGACCACGUCCGUCAUUGGAUACUUGCUGCGCGGCGGACGGAUUAAGCAGUAUCAACCGGCCGAUCUGGUUCAUGCGUUGGUCACCGCGUACAACAGUGGGAAUGACGAGCUGGUUGCCGCGCUGACGGAUAAUAUCCCGCGGGAAUUACAGUUGCUGGCUAGAGCUUUGGCUGAGGGGGCGGAAACUGGGCGCCGUCCAAGCAGGAACAGCGAACCGGCUAGCGGAUUCGCGAGGAACAUCCAAAAUUUGAUUAAACUUUUAGCAGAUGACGGUGAUGACGAUGCUGAAAAGGAGGACGACGAUGACAGCAGACUGGGAGAAAUCCGAAAGGAGUUAACGCCGCUGCACCGCGCCAUUUUAAUGGAGGACGCCGCAGAAGUGCAGCAGCUUCUCCAGCAGGAACCUUCGUCAGCUAACGAAAAAGUUGCUGGUUUAACGCCGAUGAUGUUGGCCGUGCACGGACGCCACCUUGAAAUUGUCCAGCUGCUGGUCAACGUCCCAGACAUCGACAUCAACAUGUCCGCAACGGGAUUCAAAAGCACCACCGCCUUGAUGCUGGCGGCGUAUAAUAACGGAUGCGGCGAUGAAGCACAGCGCGUCGCCAUGAUAAGCUCUAUACUGGCGCAUCCGCAGUGUGAUUUCACCGUCAAGAACGAGGACGGCGUCACCGCGCUGGGGAUGGCGGCGAAGUUUGGACGCGAAGCGGCGGUGAAGUGUCUGCUGACGGAUGGGCGGAGCGAUCGUUACCCGCUGGACGAUAUUUGGCGUAGUAUGCAACUGGCAUUGGCUACCGAGCACAAAGAAGUGGCUACUGCCAUUGCGGGAGAACUGCAUGGGAUUCGCUUGAAGGAAAUUCACACCCGAUUGGAGCAUCGUCAAACGGGAGAAGGAUCGGAUAGCGAAAAAGUGACCAUGAUACUAAAGGGUUACGUCGAGACCGCCAAAACCCUGGACCACACUAUCAAGCAUCUACGUCUGGGAAAACCAGCGGUGGGCAGCACGGUUAUGGUCCUCAAGAACCAAGCGCUCGUUAAAGCAAAGCAGACUGAACGCCACCUAAACUUCGUCCCGGAAAUCUGUGGUUGCUUCGGAAUUAUCGAGCUAAUGACAUCCACUGGUGAAGCCGAGGUCGUCAUGUUAAACUCCCCCAGCACCGCGUCCAAGAUCGUCCUGUGCCAUCCUGACAUCCUGAAAGUUGUUUCGCGAGAUGGAUACAAAGGUCUGGAUGCUGAGGGAGAACUGCUGACACCAAAAGACGUAGUCAAGGUACUUAGCGAUGCCGAUACCGUCAGUAAGCUGCAACAGCGUCAUGGUGGUAUGACUGACGAUCAUCGCGCUGUGCUGGGGAAAUACGGCGAUGUGCUGUUCUUUGAUGUGGAUGGAGAUGUGCAAGUCAGCGUUGGCAAAAAGGUCAAAUGUUUCAAUCCAAAAGCCCUGAAGAAGGUGUCUGCAGUUGCCUGCGGUGAUAAUUCAGCUGUAAAGGUCGGAGAUCAGGUCUGGAUAGUUGGCUCGAAAUCCGACUUCAAAGAGCUGCAGACCGAAGAAUUCGGCGACUGGUCCGACGAGAUGAUCAACCUAAUGGGAACGCCUUUGACGGUUUUCAAAAUUCAUACCUCCACCAGCAACGACCCGAAAUGUAUUCUCGAAGUGAAAACUAGCGGCGCUAAACGGGUGUUCUUGAAUCCGAAAGCGGUCAGUGUGCAAGCUAGUCACGCUGCGGAAUUGCCCGUGAUAUAA